GGCGGGAUCGCGGAGGGCGGGACUUUAACGUGCCGCUGCUACAGGGAUACCAAGAUGGAAAUCCAGGGGCUUUCUAAUGCCCAAAACACUCACUACCAACAUGGCGUCCUGCCUGAGAGUGGUAUGUCGUCGUCGGGAACGACAACAGGGACUGUUCCUAGGCAAACUUCAAACGACAACAGCUUUGGAUUGCAAACCGACAACAACAAUAACCGGCCGUCGUCUGCUCCGCUUCGGCUGCUGGCACAAAAUGGCAGCGCUGCUCGACUCUGUGUACAACAGAAACGGAGCGAAAGCAGCAGUACGCUGUCGGAGGACGUUCAGGUGGCUCAUGUUGAGCUCUGUAACCUGAACGUGAUGAAGGAGAAAGAGUUCGGUGAUUUAGACCUGACGCCUGACUUCGUGAGAGCCGAACUAAAGUACGGAGAAGAGAAUGAGGACGUGCUGCAAAUGGCGCUGCCUCUGUUCGACGGGGAGGAAGACGGAUACACGGCGCAGUGUGAGCAACAGCACCGAGAUAUGUGUCCGUCUGUCAGCGACCGUACACCUGCAUCAUCCGAAGACAAAAACCCCAAGGAGUUUUACGUCGUUUUUAACAAAACACAUGACGUGUGUGAGGAGGACAGAGAGAAGAGAGCAGACGCGCAACACGACCUGCUUUACCCGGAAACACAAGACGGAAAUCUGACAAUCAAAACCAAACCGUCGUCCACACGCAGUGUUGACAGUUUAACAACCGAGUCUAAGCUUGGAAAUGAAACCGGUUCUGAAACAGACGGGAAACAGGAAGCCGAGACGCGCAGCAUGGCGAAGAGACCUGAUGUGAUGAGUUGUAGUGAUUUAGUGUCGGUGGCUGCAGGUCACGAGAACACUGAUUUACUGGCGGACAAUAACAGCCAAGCUUUAAUGGCGGACUACGUGAACUUGUCCGGCAGCGGUAACGGAGACGGACCCGAGACUUUCUCCGGCACCAUCAUGAUCAACAACCAGAGCAUCAUCGUGACUAUCGAGAACGGGGUUUUAACUCUGGCUGCCACACCGGAGGGCUACACGUACAAGGAGGACGCAGUGGUGAGUCUAAAAGAGCACUUGGGCGUGAAGGAGCACGAAGACAUCGUCCUCCUAAACUACGAGGGUGGCACGAAAUCUCUGGGUAAGAUGGCGGAGGACGAGGACGAGGGCGGUGCCGUGAGCGACUCCGAGGAACUGACGCUGACUGAUGACUGCUCACUGUCCGAACUCGGUGCUCUGGACAACUGUCCGUCCGUUAAACGGGAACAAGGGACACUGUUCGACUCUGAUUCUACACCUCAGAAACCAAGAUGUUCGAACGAAGAUGAUCUGCAGCCCUCAAACCUCGUAUCUUUAGCUAAGAAAGGCGUCGCGGUGUCGUUUCGGUGUCCGCAGCCUGGCUGCGCAUGCGCUUUCGAGAGCCGCCAGAAGCUUAAGAUGCACUUGGUGUUUCACGCUGAAGACCAGAGGCCCUUCAAGUGCACAAUGGAGGGCUGCGGCUGGUCCUUCACCACCUCAUACAAGCUGAAGCGCCACUUGCAAUCGCACGACAAGGUGCGACCAUACGAGUGUGAGUAUGAAAACUGCGGCCGCCGCUUCACCACCGUUUAUAACCUGAAGGCUCAUGCGCGAGCGCACGAGCAAGAGGACGCGUUUGCGUGCGAGCUGUGCGGUGAAAGGUUCCGCAGUGCCACGCGUCUCGCCAACCAUCAGAGGACACACUUUGAGCCCGAACGGCCACAUAAGUGUGAGUUCCCAGGAUGUGAAAAAGCCUUCAUCACCUUCAGCGCCCUGUUUUCCCACAACAGAACACACUUCAGAGAGACAAGCCAGUUUACCUGUACAUACCCAGGCUGUGACAAGCGCUAUGACAAGGCCUGUCGCCUUAAAAUCCAUCUUCGUAGUCACACAGGUGAGAGGCCAUUUGUCUGUGACUCGGAAUCUUGUGGAUGGACUUUUACUAGCAUGUCAAAGCUGCUGCGCCACAAAAGGAAGCAUGAUGAUGAUCGAAGGUUCAUUUGUCCAGAAGAAGGUUGUGGGAAGUCCUUUACUCGCGCAGAGCACCUGAAAGGCCACAGUAUCACCCACCUGGGCACUAAGCCAUUUGAGUGCCCAGUAGAAGGAUGUAAUGCCAAGUUCUCAGCACGGAGUAGCCUGUACAUUCACUCUAAGAAACACCGUCAGGAUGGGGUGUCUCUGAGGAGCAGGUGCCCUGUAGCAGGAUGCACCAAGAACUUCUCAUCCCGCAGCAGCCUCAAGAGUCAUAUGCUUAAACACCACAAUCUCAGCCCAGAUGUGAUGAGUCAAUUGGAAAACACGGCUACUUUGACGCCUAGCUGCGAGCUCACCAGUGCUGCUCAGAGCGCCACCACUCCUGGCUCGGUGGGAACGGAGCUCAGCAGCCUGGAUCUCUCUUCCCUUUUCUCAAAUGUUCCCUCAGGAGCCUCCACUGUACCUACAGGUCCUUCCCCUCAGUCAGGCCCUGCUUCCUUCACCAUGGACUUGGCUUUAGCAAGCAGUGGGAUUCUUACCAUAGAUCCAGCCUCAGUGGGCUCGGCUUUGGGAGGAGCCAAACCAGUGGACCCUCUGAUUUUGGCUGCAAGUGGGGAUAUGGGGGUACAUGUCCUGGAUGCAGGGGGAGGGGGUGGAGUCUUACAGCAAGCUGCACUGCAGUUGGAGGAUGUACAAACGGUGAACCCCGAGGCACUUGGAGCAUUAACGGCUUUGGCUUUACAGAGCACCUCAUCUGCAGAACAGCUCCAAGUGCUGAGCUCCACUAGUGCUUUAUCUGUAGAUUCACCUUCCUCCUCUCUGACCCCAUCCCUUACUCCCUCACUCUCUUCCUCUCUCACGUCACCACUGUCAUCAUCUCUUGCUCCAACUCUUACCUCCUCCCUUGUUCCCCCUCUGGCAUCUUCAACAGUACCGGAGCUGCUUUCUCCCCAGGUAAAGGCUGAUAUGGGGGGCAGUGAAGCCGCUGUGGGGCCACUAAUAAGUGGAGUGGAAGUCCUGAGCCAGCCGGAGAACAACAAGGCUCUAAGUCAGUUUGUUUUCCCCAACCACAACACAUCCUACAGUGGGCAGAAAGAGACAGAGCUACCCUCAGCUGCUCCUUGUGCAUUUAUUGAGAGCAGUGGUUCUGCCCGCACAGACUACAGAGCCAUCCAGCUGGCAAAGCGGAAGAAGCAGAAAGGCCCUGCUGUAAGUCCGUCUUCUGCAGGCGCAACUCAGCGGAAGACAAAGGGGGUGAAGGGUUCCAGUGCUGCUGGGACACUGGCUUCAGGCAGUCCACGAUUUGGAGAAGGGACUGCAUCAACAACCACGGCAGGGCUCACUAUCAGAGACCCAGUAACAGGAGUACAGUACGUACAGAUUCAACUACUGCAGGAUGACCCUGCCACAGACGGAGAUUUGGCUUUUCAGCUCAGUUCACAGUCCUCCAGUUCUCAUUCCCAGCUAACAGUUGACCUACCUGUCAACAUCUUGCAGGAGCCUUCUGCCAUGGCUGAGGAGGAUAAUGGCUCUGAAAACUCUCAGUUCACUGGCAGUACUAUUAACCUACAGGACCUGGAAUAAAAGACUCAGCUGAGAGACAGGAGCUCCCAGCAGACCUACAGUUUUUCUCUUUCCUGCCAACAAAUCGCAUCUGCUUUCAUCAUGGCUGCUGUCAGGGCAUUUGUGUCCUCACUACAUGUUUUGUAUGAAGUCAUUUAAACAGCCUAAUUCCACUUGUUUCCAUUGUUUAGAAUGUGAGCUGUUACUGAUAACAGAGUACUUGCGAGCCAACUAUGUUGUCAUUAAAGUGUUAAUGAACAUCAAUGAGUUGCACAAAGAUUUAAUAUAUACAAUUUUGAUUUUAAGAAAACAUUUUGUAUUGGGGACUAUCGACUCAAGUUGACAGCUGCUUGAUAAAUCUGGUAUAUUUUGUUAAGCCUAUAUUAAAGCAGGGUUGUGAAACAGCACAAUAGGGUAUAAUAGCAAAGAUUAUUUAUGCAGCAACAUACCCAUCAAUAUGACUGUCAUGUACAUUGUCCAUUAUGUUCAGGUACUGUUGAGAACAGCUUUUACAAACCCACUGUUUGCUUAUUUUUGUAUAGUUUUAUAUAAACAUGAAGAUGUACUUAUCUGUUUGUGUAUGAGCGAAAAGAAUAAAAGUUGCUUAACAUCUAAAAAA